CCCCUGUGCGGGCCAGCCCUCGGGUUCCAGAAAGCCCCUGCUGCCCCGGCCACCUUGCGCGCUCUCUGCUGGGUCUCCACCCUCCCUCGGCUUCCUCUGCGACUUCGCCCCUCAAGACAUGGCUGCCCAGUGUGUCACAAAGGUGGAGCUAAAUGUUUCCUGUGACAACCUUUUGGAUAAAGACGUAACGUCGAAGUCGGAUCCUUUGUGUGUGCUGUUUUUGAGCACAAGUGGUCAACAGUGGUAUGAGGUUGAACGGACAGAAAGGAUUAAGAAUUCUUUGAAUCCCAAAUUUUCUAAGACAUUUAUUAUUGAUUACUACUUUGAAGUGGUUCAGAAACUGAAAUUUGGUAUUUAUGACAUCGACAACAAAACCAUUGAGCUGAGUGAUGAUGACUUCUUAGGAGAAUGUGAAGUCACUCUUGGACAAGUUGUUUCCAGUAAGAAGCUAACUCGACCACUGGUGCUCAGAAAUGGCAGGCCUGCAGGGAAAGGAAGCAUUACGAUUUCAGCAGAAGAAAUCAAGGAUAACAGAGUGGUAUUGUUUGAAAUGGAAGCCAGAAAACUGGAUAAUAAGGAUCUGUUUGGAAAGUCAGAUCCAUACUUGGAGUUUCACAAACAGACAUCAGAUGGCCACUGGCUGAUGGUUCACCGAACAGAGGUCAUAAAAAACAACCUGAAUCCUGUGUGGAAGCCUUUUAAAAUCUCUCUUAACUCUCUGUGCUAUGGAGAUAUGGACAAAACCAUUAAGGUAGAGUGUUAUGAUUAUGACAAUGAUGGAUCACAUGACCUUAUUGGAACAUUUCAGACCACCAUGACAAAACUCAAAGAAGCCUCCCGAAACUCACCUGUUGAAUAUGAAUGCAUAAAUGAAAAAAAGAGACAGAAGAAAAAAAGCUACAAGAAUUCAGGUGUGAUCAGUGUGAAGCACUGUGAGAUUACUGUAGAGUGCACAUUUCUUGACUACAUCAUGGGAGGGUGCCAGCUGAAUUUUACUGUGGGAGUGGACUUCACCGGCUCCAAUGGUGACCCCAGUUCUUCAGAUUCCCUGCAUUACAUCAGCCCUAAUGGUGUCAAUGAGUAUCUGACUGCCAUCUGGUCUGUGGGAUUGGUAAUUCAAGAUUAUGAUGCUGAUAAGAUGUUUCCAGCUUUCGGCUUUGGAGCUCAGGUGCCUCCUCAGUGGCAGGUGUCUCAUGAAUUUCCAAUGAACUUUAACCCAUCAAACCCCUAUUGUAAUGGAAUCCAAGGCAUUAUAGAGGCUUAUAGGACCUGUCUUCCUCAGAUAAAACUCUAUGGACCAACUAAUUUUUCUCCAAUUAUAAAUCAUGUGGCCAGGUUUGCAGCUGCAGCCACACAGCAGAGGACAGCAUCUCAAUACUUUGUGCUCUUGAUCAUCACGGAUGGUGUGAUCACAGACCUUGAUGAAACUAGACGCGCGAUCGUCAACGCUUCCAAGCUGCCCAUGUCUAUCAUCAUCGUGGGAGUGGGGGGAGCCGACUUUAGUGCCAUGGAGUUUCUGGAUGGUGAUGGGGGGAGUCUCCGUUCCCCAUCAGGAGAGGUGGCCAUAAGAGAUAUUGUUCAGUUCGUGCCUUUCAGACAGUUCCAGAAUGCUCCAAAAGAAGCCCUUGCUCAGUGUGUCUUGGCAGAGAUUCCCCAGCAGGUGGUGGGCUACUUCAACACCUACAAACUCCUUCCUCCCAAAAACCCCGCUGUGAAGUAGGAGGCAGGACACCUCCAGAAUUCCUAAGCUGUGUGGAGCAAUGGCAUCUCUUAUGCAGAAUGAUUUAUCUACCUUAUAUGCUUUUCACCCACAGUGUUCCGGAUAGAAACCCAUCUUUUUGUACGUAUUUUAUCUGUUUAAAGCAUACAUUUUAUACUUUUUGAAAAGGACAAUAGCAAGUCUGUCUCUGCUUAGUAAAUUCAAUGAUUGUUAGUGAUUUAUAGAAAUUCUAAGAGUGCUAUUUGGAAUUGUAUUUAAUGUGGGAAAAGUGGGAAUUUGUCGGUUUGUUGUCUACUUUAUAUAAUGAAAAUUCCAUUUUAAAAUGUAGUCAGAGCAAAUGAGGAAUUACAAGAUGAUGUGGUUUGCAGGUUGCUAUACUGUUGAUAGUAAAUAUACUCUGUACUUGUGACUGAGAGAGCUCCUUAAGACAAAUAGUACUGAACUGUUAUCUGUUACUCUGUAUUUUGUCCCUUUUCAUGCUGCAAUAAUGCAUUAUGCAUUAUACAAAGCUGUUUUCACUCGGUCUUCAUGAAAAGCAAG